CAGAGGAGGCACCUGCCAAGCCGACCAGGAUGUGCAGAUCCUGGAAGCGUGCAGAGUGAGCAGCGACGGGCUACAGUCCUGCAGAGCUUGCAAUGUAGUGGUCGCAGGGCCACACACCUCUACAGGACACUCUAUAGUAAUAGGACAUGGCCCUCCCUGGUGACAUGGACCCCUCCAGGCCGGACCUCUUACUGGGGUGCAUGUUUGAGCCACAGGACAAUCUGUUCCACUCGGAGGGGUUUCCGGGGACUGACGCUGUGACAUUCCCACUACCUGAACCCCAUGGAUUCCCAGGCGACAAGCUGUAUGAAGACUGGCAGGUCAGCGGGCAGGCGGGACUCAGCGACAGAGAAGACACCGACGAGUUCCUGCAGAUGAUGAUCAAUCCCAACGAUGUCUACAGCGCGGAGGCGGCCGCCAGCGAGUCCCCAGAGAGUGACAGUGGCUUCUCCGAUGACCCCCAUCCCGACACUCCAGCGAAAUGUGAGGGGGGCACCCCACUGCCCCAGACCGGUGCCCCGGUGUAUGAGCUGGUGUACAACAUCGGGGCCAUGGAAGAGCAGAAGCCCCCUGGGGACAUGAGCAGCGUCAUAUCCAUACAGCUAGCAGAGGACUGGCACACCCCUGUGCUCAUACCGGACAGCUGUAUAGUCAGCGAGCUGCCAGGCCUCCGGAAGACUGUGGCAUUACCCGGCAGAGGCGCGAACCCUGACCUGCUCUCUAUAGAGGCUCUGUACCCGGAGCUCCACCUGACUGAUGAGGAGAAGAGGCUGCUGUCACAGGAGGGCAUAGCGCUGCCAAGCAACCUGCCGCUCACUAAGGCAGAGGAACGGAUUCUUAAGAAAGUGCGGAGGAAGAUAAGGAACAAACAGUCCGCACAGGACAGUCGCAGACGCAAGAAGGAGUACAUCGACGGCCUGGAAAGCAGGGUAGCAGCAUGUUCUUCCCAGAAUCAGGAACUUCACAAAAAAGUUCUGGAGUUGGAGAAGCACAACAUAUCCCUGAUCACACAGCUCCGCAGACUCCAGGCUCUGAUCAAGCAGACGGCAAACAAAGCUGCGCAGACGGGCACCUGCGUCCUGAUUCUCUUCUUCUCCCUGGGGUUGCUGAUCUACCCCAAUUACCACCCGCUCCGCCCUGGAGACGCCCCGAGUGACGGAGCCACUUACAUGCCAACCGGAGUGAUUUCCAGGAAUAUUCUGAAUAAAGACGGAUUCCUGGAGAGCACCGAGACUGCGCUGCCCGACAACCCAGCCCCCGAGGCACAGGACAAGAGGCAGGAAGCGGGGGUUGUCAGGCCUCCGGAUCCCCCCCAUACAGAGAAGACGGAGAGGACGCCCCCGGUCAGCUCCACCAAGAAAGACAGGCUGCCCCCCGUCCCAGAGAGUUCUGCUCUGAAGGAAGAGUCUAAGACGGGGAGGACAGACGAGAUGUGACCUGGCAGCGGACACGUGUAUAGACUGCAAAGAGGAGGGGGCCGGGUGUACCCCGAAACCUGCACCGCCACACGGUGUAUAUAGCCUUCAGCAAAACCAGCAGAGUGUGGGGGCGGGGCUGUGACUACCUCUCAGACACAUGUCAUUAUACCAGUGAUGUCAUCAG